AUGGCCAGAACCGACCCUACGUUGCAAGAUUUCCUAUCACCACUGAAAAUUGAUCAUGACAGGCUGUAUCGCCUGUCAUAUCGCCUCUCUCUGACAUACCGCGAACUGGCCGCGAGUUCCUCAGAGCAGUUCUUCCCCACUGCCACCACGCGUCUGCCUACAGGACAAGAAACGGGCCGCUAUCUGGCCGUCUAUCUCGGCUUGUAUUAUCUACGAGUGGCCUUCAUCGACCUACUAGGUGAAGAACAAAUAGGCAAACACCCUCAUGUUCGACGUACGCUAGAGAAAGCGUGGCCGAUCGAGGACCGGUUGCGCCGAGACCACCCUGACUCACUGUUUUCUUGGAUUGGAGACUGCAUUGCAGAAGUGAUUCACGAUGAUCUGGCCAAUUCUAAAGAUGAUGCGCCUGCAGAGCUGGCCAUGGGUAUUUCCUUUUGUUUUCCUAUUAAGCAAAACUCCGUCAACGAGGCUAUUCUCAUGCCAACUGGCAAAGGCUUUGCAUUGGGGUCCUCUCUCAAUCUCCAUCAAGCCCUUCUAGACGGCUAUGAAUGCCACACCCGGCGCUCGGCGGAUGAUGACCCCGCCGAGAUGCCCGCAAAACGACAAAAGAAAUAUUGUCUACCCAAACUCAAAAUCUCCGUCAUGACUAACGAUACAAUCUCAACGCUUGCCUCGCUGGCUUAUUCUAUUCGUGCUUUGCCAAAUACGCGGGUCGUGAUGGGCCUUCUUGUAGGCGCGGGCUGCAACUCUGCCGUGCCGAUGAAACUCACCGACCUACAAGAAUCCAAAAUCCGCCAUAUCAGAGAGAAAGACCCCGAUGCCGUGGAAUCAGUUGUUUCCACUGAAUGGACGCUUCGAGGUGCAACGGGGCCAUUGCAGGAACUCGAUGUUGUGACCAAGUGGGAUACUGAGCUGGACACCCAUUCGAAUCGGCCCGGUUUCCAGCCCCUCGAGUAUAUGGUCGGCGGUCGCUAUAUUGGCGAGCUGGUGCGAAUCAUCUGCUACGACUGGUUUAAGGAAAUCAAGGGCGUACCGCGGUCAUCAAUGCCUGUGAAAUUAAUCAGCGAAUAUGCUCUUACGACAAAUUUUCUCUCCCUGGUGGUGGCAUCAAGCUACUCAGAUGAGAAGUUGGCAGAGAGCUUGACACGAGAAUUGCCCCCACCAGCGUCGAGUGAUUGGAAGUGGACGCCCGAGUAUGCUGGUCAUAUUCGCGCGAUUGCAGCCGCCGUGCAGGACCGGUCUGCUGCGUUGAUUGCCGCCGCCACAGUUGGACUUCUCGCUUGCAUUCGUGAGAUCGAAUUACAGGACAAAGACUAUCCCGAGACAAAAGCAAAGGAUUCAAAUGGGGACCCGCAGGAAUCAACUCAAGAGCAAAGGAUGCCGGACUUCGGAUCAUCAACGCCCGGCUGGCUCAAGGGACCAGAGGAAUUGGUUGUGGCUGUCAACGGUGGAGUUAUACAGCAUUAUCCGCAUUAUAAAGAGACCGUUCAACGAUACGUCGACCGGCUCGUCAUUAGCGCGGGACCUCAGAGCGAAGGGAAAAGCAUUUUCCUCCGGGAAGCAAGUGAUGGCGGCAUCAUCGGCGUGGGUGUCCUGGCAGGUACUGUAGCUGGUGACAUUGAUGGAAUUAUUGGGUCAACAUUUGAGCGAGAGACCGAGGCCGAGGCUGACAUGAAUGCUAAAGCUCGAUCUGUUGAGGAGAAGUGA